AUGAACGGCGAUGAGAGUUUAACCUAUGCAGGUAGAUUAACUACCGUAUUCUAUUUAAUUUGUCUAUUUAAUUUAUUGUCUAGAUAUUUAGUAUGUGGCGCGCGUGACAAUACCUCGCUAGAUUUGAUCGUAUGGUGUUACACAUCAUAUGAUUGUCAUUUUGUAUCAUUGUAGUCACAUUACAUUUGUAGCCUAAAAUGUUGUAGCAGUGGCUACAUUUCUGAGGUCAGUUUGAGGGCAUGUCGGCAGAAAGCCUUAGUAGAUUGUGUGUUCUCCGUAUCCUACUUCAUUUGGCCACGUGUUUUAAUAGUAUUCUACUUCAUUUGGCCACGUGUUUUAAUAGGAAGGUGUGACCGUAGCUAGGUUUCCAUCCAAUUUGCAACAGAUUUUCAUGUGGAUGUUCUAAAAUCUGCACAAAACAAUAUGCACAUUUUCCCACCAGAUAUGUUUCCAUCAAACGGACUUUUACGGAUAAAAGGAUGUGCGUGAUGACGUAGUACACAUACAAAUAACUUUUGCCAUUACAUUUCCAUGUACCGAAUAAAAAGUUAAAUGGGUUUCCAUCGCAUUUUCAACUUUACUGAUGGUUUUGUCCACCACCCUGUGAAGUUCAUCAAUUUAUUUCAUCUGUAGCCUAAUAAACUGCAUGUUUUCCCGGGCCGUAGUGGAGGACCACACAACAUAUCGCGUGACUAAAUUUACUUCGAUAUGAUCGUUAUAAUAUCCAUAUUUGCGCAUAAAGGCGUUUCCACCGACAUUUCUUGAAGAUUACAUUUUACCGAAAAGAACCCACCACGUCGAACGAACAAAUUGUCUGUUGGCAUGUAUACAAUUUUACCGGCAUUUCAUGUUUCCAUCAGCCCGAUCGUGACUUUUUUCAUGCUUCAGGUAAUUCAUUCGCAUGAAAUGGUUGGAUGGAAACGUGGUCAACACAUUUUGACAGGACGUUUAGGAAUGUUUCAAAUUUUGACAGCUCGUUGGGUAAAAAUCCUAUGUUUGCUGUUUUUAGUUUAAUUAAAUGUUUCUCCUCUACAAAGGAGCAAUUGCACACCAUGCACAAUAGCAUUUGUGUUGUUGCCGUCCACAAAUCUAUAUGUUUUCCAUUUAUAAAAUGCAUUCAAAUCAGAUUUCAAAAUCUGAUUUGGGCUAUUGAAACCAGCGAGUUCCACUCACUUUGUCACACAACCAGGGGCUACUGUAUGAAAUGUCUUCCUUGAUUAAAAACAUUGCUUAAAGGGCUGGGAAUAGUUGAGAGCAGUAGGCUAUAAAAGUGUAGGCCUAAUCUACUUUUCAAAAACUACUAAUCUGACAUGAAAAAGAUUGACACAUAAUUAGCAGUGUUACCUUCCUUGGAGUGCAGAGUGCCUAGUUGAGCACCAUAUAAUGAGGCCUAAAUUCCAGGGGAGAUUACUGCACACUGAUUGUCUGGGUCUUUGAUGCAGACAUUGUUAAUAAAACUGUGUUCAGUAGUAAUUAUGAACCUGAUCAUUAUUCUUGGCUCCUCUCUCUCUGUUCCCCCCCUCUCUUUCCCAUCUCUCUCUCCUUCCCUCUAUAUCUCUGUUUCACCUCCCCCUCUCUGUCCUGGUGGGGUUCUCAGGGAUACAUCAGAAGGAAAUGGAGGGUUCUGAGCCUGCAGAGAGCUCUGACUGUGGACGUGGAAGGAGCUGUUGGACGGCCUGUGCCAGGCUGCGCAGCUACGAGCUGAAGGGCGUCUUCACGUGGUGAGCACAAAAAGAUAAACAACGCACAGACAAUGCAGACACAACAGACAACACACAGACACAAAACUGGGCUGGACAUAUAUUAUUCUACAUACAUUUAAGUGAUUUAUUGAUUGAUGUUAACAUGACCUUGGCAGGCGUCUACUGAAGACCAUCGCCAUGGGCCAGGCCCUGUCCAUGCUGAUUUGCGGCACGGCAGUCAGCUGCCAGUACCUGGCGGAAGCGGGUGUGGAGACGCCCAUGCUCCAGAGCUUCCUCAACUACGUCCUGCUGCUGCUCACCUACACUGCCUCGCUCAGCCUCAGAAAAGGUCAGAGGCCGCCGCCCUGAAUUGUACACACGCUAAUGCUAAACAGAGUACAUUGACUUACAUUUGUUUUUUGUCAGAAAAUGCUAAUAUUAGUGAGAAUCAUCACCUUCCUCAUUAUUUGCAGGGGCCUUGUUGGAAUAUUUUAGAACUGCAUCCUUCCUACAGUUGAUUCCUUGAGGAUAUCAUAUUUUAUACAUCAUUUGAAAGGUGAAAGCAAUGUUACGCCACCCAUUACUUUCACCAAUCCAACCAAUUAAGAUCAGUGAUUACUUCAAGGAAGGGAGGAUGGAACGAAGGAUACAGGAUGGAAGUAUUCAAACAGGCCCUGGUCUGCCUGCCCAUACACUAGCAGUAAAGUUUGUGAAGCCACACAGUUCCGAAUCUAAUUGGUGAUAUUUAGGAAUCCUACCUACUGGGAUAGAAAGAGUGUUUCAUCAGGAUUAUUAUAUGGGUUGUGUUUAUUACGGCACGCAAGGGAAAUGAAAAUGAGUGUUUUUAAGUCCUGGUAGUCUUUUCAUGUUUCAGACCGUUUUUGUCCGUUUGGUGCCUAAUGAACAGAGACUAAAACAACAGUGCUGCUAACUCAUAAAAUAUGACGUGUUUUGUCUCACUCUGGAUUCUCGCUUUGCUGUUUCAACAGGUGAUGGGAAUAUAUUACAGAUUUUAAAAACAAAAUGGUGGCGGUAUUUACUGAUGGGACUGACGGACGUGGAGGCAAACUACACAGUGGUGAAGGCAUACCAGUUUACAACGUUGACCAGCAUACAGGUAAGAAAUUACUGAUAUCAUUGCAUACUGUGUUAUUUGGGUGAAGAAUGACUCACUAAUGGAUGUAUCUAGGACCUAGGUGAUACAUUGAGUCACCUGUUUUUCCAGGUGUGCAACAAAUGAAUAUAAAAGUGCCUUUAGGGCUGGGAGGUAUACCGUAUUUUACAAUGUACCCCAGUGGAGGCUGGUGGGGGGAGCUAUAGGAGGACAGGCUCAUUGUAAUGGCUGGAAUGGAAUAAAUGGAAAGGGAUCAAACAUGGAAAGCACACGUUCAACUAAUUCCAUUCCAGCCAUUACAAUGAGCCCGUCCUCCUAUAGCUCCUCCCACCAGACUCCACUGAUGUACCGAUAUUGAUGCACGGACCGGUUUUGGGUUUUUACUUUACCUUCUAUAACGGUAUUUUAAUGUUUGGUUUGUUAAAUGUGAUAUGCUGUGUGUAACCUCCAUUUUUAUAGUUUACAUGCUACUUGAGUCAUCCCUCUCCGCUCUCUCUCUCCAUGCCGCUUUCCAUACAGACCUAGCCCCACCCCCUGUCACUUAUGGAGCGCAUUUUGUUGUUGCGUGACCAUGGGAAACUUGCGUUCAGUCAACAAUAUUGUUUCCACUUUGUUUCUUAAUAAUUACACUAUUAGUUUGUUUCUUACAUCUGCAAACAGCUUGCUAAUUGGCUUUUCUUAGUAAGUUUUAGCUAAGUCGUGUUAGCCGCUAAUGCUAAUCGCUGGUUAGUUGGCUAGCUAGCUAGCUAUUAAAUGUACUGAGUCAGAGCAAACAUACCUAGCUAAUAUAACCUGAUACCACUGAUGGUGUAGGCCUAAGUCAGCAUGUUUGUGCAACAGUAUCUUCUAAAUCAGAGGAAUAGGCUAAGCAUGAAUAUGUUGGCUACGUGAAGAAACAUUUCAUGUAGCCUAAGAUUGUAGGGUCCCCUAGGAAACACUGACCGACACUUUGGUUCCUACCCUGUCACAAUAACUCCUCCCUGGCAUUUUCAUUCGUUGACAUGUCAAACAACACUGAAUUCAAAGUGCCCACUAUUAUUUAUUCUAAACUAUAGAAUUAGAAUAAACAUAUUUCCAAGAUUCCAACAGUUCACCCAAGUGUUUUGAUCUAAAUCGCAAGUCAAAUUGCAAUUGCAACAUUUGGUUAAAAAUAAGGCCUAGAUUUUUUUCCCAUAUCCUGCAGCCCUACACGGCUGUGUGGAAAUUAUCUAAGAUGAGUGCAGGAAAUGUAGAAAUUGUAUGAAAAUGCAGGAAGUUGAAUUGAACAGUAUAAAACAAUCAGAAUGGAGAAAGACCCAUUGAAAUCACUUAGAAUGUAUGUGUUGCCACCCUAGGGUCAUGCAUUACUCAUAAAGCAAAUGUAGAAGUUUUAUUAUUCAAAACCAUCAUACCGUCAAAUUAGAAAAAUAUAGUGAUAUCUCCCAGCCCUAAGUGCCUUUCAGUUGCCUUAUAUGCAAUCAGCAUUUUACACUUGAAAAAUAAUAUAUGUGGUUCUGGUUGCAGCUGCUGGACUGCUUUGUGAUCCCGGUGCUGAUGGUGCUCUCCUGGUUCUUCCUGAAGACGCGCUACCGCCUGGUGCACUUUGUGGCUGUUGCCGUUUGUCUGCUGGGGGUGGGUGCCAUGGUGGGGGCUGACCUACUGGCUGGGAGAAACCAGGGAUCCAGUAAGAACACUACUCGUGAUAUUUAAGCAAUAAGGCCUGAGGAGAUUUGGUAUAUGUCCAAUAUACCACGGCUAAGGGCUGUUCUUAUGGACAACGCAAUGCGGAGUGCCUGGAUACAGCCCCUUAGCCGUGGUAUAUUGGUCAUAUACCAAUAAGGCCCUAGGAGGUGUGGUAUAUGACCAAUAUACCACAACUAAGGAACUGUAUCCAGGCACUCCGUGUUGCGUCGUGAUUAAGAACAGCCCUUAGCCGUGGUAUAUUGGACAUAUACCACACCCCCUCGGGCCUUAUUGCUUUAUUUAUACCACGGCUUUCAGCCAAUCAUCCAGGACCCAAACUACCUGCUUUAUAAGUAAGGGAUAAUGGACGACGCAGCGGGAUGAGGCGAAGCCGAGAUCAUUUUUCCAAGGUAAUGUACAGAACUGAGGCGUUUAUCCAGCUUAUACCACAGUUGCCAAAUAAAACAAUACUAAAGUACACAUUUACUGGUAGAAAUAACAUUGGUAUUUUCAUAAGCGAAUUCAUACUUUCUCAUCUUUUGGUUGCUAGAGACGCAACCCAGUCAUUCGUUCGAUUAGUUCAAUAUUUACGGGUCUCUAGCAACCGCCUCGUCACGCUGUGUCAUCCAUUAUUUCCAAGUUAUGCCAUGGCAUUGUUGAAUACUUGUUUCUGAUCGUCUUGAAGGGCAUUUUAGAGCGUGCAUUAUUACCCUAUAACACACGGUAUAUCAGCAUGUUAGAAUUCAUGGCUAUAAUUCAUUCUUACAUGUUCUAUGUUUGAGUUGCUUUUGAAAGCGAAAGUCGAAUUGGCAUUGUUGAAUUCGAUUUUAAUAAUAGCAAGCUAGGACUGAUGGUUUGGUUAGCUAACUAGCAAGUCUUUGUUUGGUUACCAAGGCAAUUACUGUAGCUAUCUAGUAAACUUGCUAGCUACUUCAGUGGAUGUUGAACACAUUUCUACCUGCAAAUUAACACAUUUCUAGCAUCAAAUGUGUUUAAUUACAGCUGAUAAACGCUAUAAUGACCGAUAAACGCCAACCUUCUGUAAAAUACGUAAGGGAUAAUCAACUCGGGGCUCUAUGCGUUCUCUGGAAUAUAAUGAAUGUCGUGGAAGGUUAGUUCCACGCGUCGUGUAGGGCUUACUUCAUUAUAAAGGUUGGCGUUUAUCGGUCGUCACUAGUUACCACACCCACAAAGUCAUAAACCCAGCCUAUUUCUACUAUUUCUCUUCUUUAAAAUCUGAUUUUAAACCUAACCUUAACCACACUGCUAACCUUAUGCCUAACUCUUAACAUUACAUUAAGACCAAAAAGCACAUUUUUGUUUUCAUGAACUUUUAGGAUAUAGCCAUUUUGACUUUGUGGCUGUGGUAACUAGGGAAAACUGCGUUUAUCCCUUACAUAUUAUAUAUUUUAUUAUUGUCAGGACCUACACAGGAAUAUAUAUUAUAUACACCCUGAGGGGGGAGUGUCUGCUGGGAGUGUGGGCCAUGGUGUGGGGGCCGACCUACUGGCUGGGAGACCAGGGAUCCAGUGAGAACACUAUUUAUUGUUAAAACACUUUGGGCCUGUUUUCCAGACACCGAUUUAAGUUUAUUGUCUUGGACUAAGAAGCACUUUCAAUGGGGAAUCUCCAAUAAAUAUGCUUUAUAGUCUAGGACAAGGCUUUUGUCCACUUCCUUUGAUGUAGAAGACAUACAUUUUUAUACUUAGUCAGGCAUAUCCAUAGAGGAAUAACAGCUUUAAAUGUACCUCAGUGCCUUUUCUUGGGACAUAAACAGUUCCAUACAGUCUGAUCCGGAGAGGCCUUAGGUUUCACUGCACGGGCAAAGAGAAACAGGCAUUAUUAAACUCUCAUCACAAACCCUUAGAGCUGAUUCCUCAUAUUGUGAGCUCUGCAAAUUGCUGUAACUAACAUGUCAAGGACAGUUUGCCUAAAAUAACAUUACUGUCUUUUCUCUCUCCUUCUCUCCCACCUUAUAUUUUAUCUCAUACUCUCCCUCUUCUCUCUCUCCCUCCCUUCAUCCCUCUCUCUUUCCCUCCUUCCCUAUCUCCUUCUAGCCAGUGAUGUGUUGCUGGGGGAUGGUCUGGUGCUGGUGAGUGCUGCACUGUAUGCGGUGUCUAAUGUUUGUCAGGAGUACACGGUGAAGAACCUGAGCCGUGGGGAGUUCCUGGGUAUGAUGGGCCUGUUCGGCACCCUGAUCAGCGGCAUACAGCUGUAAGACACCCCCUCUCCCCUCUCCAGGGUUGAACCGGUUCAAAGACAGUCUUUCCUGCCUUUCUCCCCCUCAGUAUUAAAGGGAUAGUUCACUUUUAGAAAUGUAAGCUUACUUAGCUUUCCUUUAGUUUUAGGCCAAGAUUCAAUCUGAACGCAGGUUGUCGACAAUGCAGCUUUUAAAGGCAAUGUUACCGUGUUCACUGAGAAUGCAUUCACGGUAAACGCUGCAGAUGUUGGCUCAAUUGGAAAUUGUCGCACGAUCAGAUUGAAUCCCGGCACUAGCCUAUCUUCAAAAAGCAAACUAUCCCUUUAACUUUUUGUUUGGUGCACUACAUCAGUAAGUACAUAUUGUAUUUAUUAUGGUACUUUUCCCCCCACAUCAUCCAAAUAUCACAUUUUCAUCACUUGACCAGUUAUUUGAGGUAAAAUCUACCCAUCAGAAUUUGCUGGAAGGUGCUUUGUAAGUCUGUCGACCGACGCAGUUCCUGUUUGCAAUCUUACCUUCUGUUGUCCUGUGUUGCAGAGCCAUAUUGGAAACCAGUGCAGUAGCAGCUAUUAAAUGGAACUGGAAUAUUAGUAAGAAUUAAUUUUCUCCCCAUAUUUGUUAACCCCCUAAUUCAAUUGUCAGUCAUAUACAGUCAGGUCCAUAAUUAUUGGCAACCCUGAUAAAGAUUAGCAAAAAAUACUAUAACAUAAAUAAUACAAAUCUAUAUUGUAUUAUCCCAAAAAUGUGGAAAUUAUAUUAUUUUAUACUAAUACAAUUGCUCAGAGAAAUACAUUUUGUUUAACAAGUAUACAAAAAAUCUCAAAGAUGGGGGUAAAGGUUAUUGGCACCCCUGUUUUCAAUACUCAACCACCCUCCCCUUGCAAAAAUAAUGACAGACUUUUUCUCAAAUGUUUUAUGAGAUUGGAGAACACAUUGGGAAGGAUCUUAGACUAUUAACAUCCCAUUGUGCUUAGGGUCAUGUAUACAAUUGCUGGGCAGGCCAUUAUUUUGGUUACCUUGACUAUGCCCCCAUCCACAGGGCACGAGUGGUCACUGAAUGAUUUGAUUAGCAUGAAAACGAUGUAUGCCAUGGUCGUCUCAGUCACCAGAUCUCAACCCAAUUGAACACUUAUGGGAGAAUCUGGAGCAGAGCCUGAGACGGCGUUUUCCUCCACCAUCAACAAAACACCAAAUGAUGGAGUUUCUCGUGGAAGAAUGAUGUUGCAUCCCUCCAAUAUAGUUGCAGACACUUUUAGAAUCUAUGCCAAGGUGCAUUGAAGCGGUUCUGGCUUGUGGUGGCCCAACGCCCUAUUAAGACAUUUUAUGUUGGUGUUUAUUUUUGGCAGUUACCUGUACAUGCUCUGUGUAGAGCUCUUUUGCUCUGCAAUAGUUUUCCAGAAAGUGCUUUGUUUGAAAACGUCCCCUUGUAGUCCAGUAGAAUUCCCCUCUGAGAUUCUGGGCCUUGUUCAUGAGGGCACAUAUUGCAAAAUGUUUUGAAACGGAAAACAACUAUUUGAAUUUCUUAUUGAAGAAGUCCAGGAAGUACUUCCCCAUUUCAAUCUGUUUCAAAUGUUUUCUCCUCUUUGGUGCUUUACAGGACACAACGUAGCAAAAUGCUUUGAAAAGGAAAACCCCAAAUAAGCGUUUCAUUAUUGGACAAGACAAGUCCAGACAGUCCCUCCCCACUUCACUUAGUUUCAGACCAUUUUCUUCCAUUUGGUGCCUAAUGAACACAUUUGGUGUUUCCCUCCUCAGUCGUACUGUUUGCGGCCUACACGUUCUGCAUGUAUGCCCUGUACAGUUUCAUGCCCCUGGUGGUCAAGAUGACCAGCGCCACGGCGGUCAACCUCUCCCUGCUCACCGCUGACCUCUUCAGCCUCUUCUGUGGCAUCUUCCUUUUCCACUUUGUCGUGAGUUAAAUAAACUAUUUUCCUAUGGGUGUGCUCUUGAGCCAGAGGGGAUGCCCAAAAUUGACAAAAAUGUUAUCCAGAAAUGACCUUAUUGGACAGAAAGGGGCCCAUGCGCAAAAGCAUAUAUUGUAAGCCUAAGGUGGAUGCUGUUGUUUAAUGAGAAGGCUUCCAUGGUUUGAUUAGAUAAAAAAUGUAUUAACAUUGAUGUAUAUGAAACAUACAGCCAACUCUCAAGCCAAUCUUUGAGGUAAAUACUAACUUCAAUAUUGUUUAACUAGCGCCUUCUCACAAAUGUGUUACUUCUCACAAAUGUGUUACAAAUGAGUUAUACAGAGAAACUAUAGCCACUGAUCCAGGGUCUGUGAAAUGGAUUUGACCUUCUAUCAAAACGUCAACCUCUGCCCUACUCUCCACAGUUCUCAGGCCUGUACAUUGUGUCGUUCGUGGUGAUCACUGUGGGCUUCGUCAUGUUCAAUGCCGUGCCCACCUACGCGCCCGUGCCCGAGUCGGACUCCGCUGGCGAGGAGUUUGACGACCCUGCUGCCUUUGUUGAGGGAGAAAAAGACCACUUGAAAGACCACCAGAAAGGAGAGACCACCACAGACCUGCUCCAAGAGGGAGUAGAGUGGAGGGGGACAGAAGAGGGGAUGGAGACAAGCAACAGGCGUUGUGCAGUGACAUACGUUACAGAGGAACACAGCACGAAGAUGUAG